AUGGAUGCGGGCGAUGACGGACUGGGGGAUGCAGGGACUAAGGAUGACCUUGAAGAGGCUGGCUUCAUUGAUGUCUCUCGAAAAACAGUCGACUUCCGUUUGCAGGAUCAUCGAAACACAGCUGGAAAUUGGUUCAAGCACGGCCUAUUCACGCUACUGAAGGCAGGAGACCUUGCGCCCUUGCCAUGGUUGAAGCAUUGCAGGCAAGAAAUAUCAGCAAGGCGCCCUGCUUUCCCGUUGUUGCCCGAGUCCAUCGAUGAAUUUUUGGCCGCAGUCGGGAAAGAACUCGCCGAAGCCAAUGACGAUCUGGACGGGAUGUAG